GUGUAAAGUGCAGUUAAGAUUGCAGCCGAGUCAAGCGCCAACUAAUUAUCAACGUUAAGAAAAAAAAAAAAAAAACUCCCACAAUGUCAACAGCAGUAGCAGCAGCAGCAGUGCAAGAGAUAGCGAGAGACCAAGAAAAAUGUUGCUGUCGUUGUAGUUGCUUUUGGUUCUGGUGCAGGCAACGGCAUCGCUCAUCAAUACCGUUCCCCCCGUUCCGAUUUGCGCGGAAGCGAGCACGAAACAGCUUGCUGACGCCCCAAUACGGCAGCGACAACGAAACUAACGAAGUUAUCCAAGGUGGCGGCAAUGGCAGCAACAACAACACCACUGACGGCAAGAUGUUCGGGUCAAAGGAUGAUGGGAAUCAGAGUGCCAUUACGCCGGACCUGUUGAGCAAGUGGCGCGAGAAUUUCUACAGCGAACCCAAGAAUCUGCUCGCCCAGAACGUGUGCUCCCGCGUAGAUCCGUUCGAUGUGUGCUUGUCCCGCAAGACGCUGGAGACGACCAACCAUGUGUUCAACUAUAAGGUGGAAACGGAGGGCAAACCGGUCACCAAUCAGCGCAGCUCCGGUCGCUGCUGGCUGUUUGCCGCUCUAAAUUGUAUACGCCUGCCCUUCAUGAAGAACUACAAUCUGGAUGAGUUUGAGUUCUCGCAGGCGUUCCUCUUCUACUGGGACAAAAUCGAGCGUUGCAACUAUUUCCUCAACAACAUCGUGAAGACGGCGAAGCGAGGCGAGAAAGUCGACGGCCGUCUGGUGUCGUUCCUGUUGCUCGACCCAACCUCUGAUGGAGGCCAGUGGCACAUGCUGGUCAAUCUGAUAACCAAACAUGGUCUGAUGCCAAAGAAAUGCUUUCCGGAGAGCUUUAGCUGCGAGUCCAGCAUACGAAUGAAUGCCAUACUGAAGAGCAAGCUGCGCGAAUAUGCGAGGCACUUGCGCGUUCUGCUGGAGAAGCAGCCCAGUGACGAGGAGAUCACCUGCAAGAUUCAAGAGCAAAUGUCGGAGAUCUACAAGGUAGUAGGCAUUUGCCUGGGCAUUCCCUCCGAGACGUUCACCUGGGAGUACUAUGAUAAGUCAAAGAACUAUCAGUCGAUUGGACCCAUCAGUUCGUUGGAGUUCUACGAGAACUAUGUGAAGCCGCAUUUCAAUGUCGAGGACAAGGUGUGUCUGGUCACCGAUCCGCGUCCAACGAGCAGCUACGACCAGGUCUAUACGGUCGAUUGUCUGGGCAAUGUUGUCGGCGGUCGUCCAGUGCUCUACAACAAUCAAAAUGUCGAUCUCCUAUUGGCCAUGGUAACCAAAUCGCUGAAGGCAGGUGAAGCCGUCUGGUUUGGUUGCGAGGUUAGCAAGCGUUUCGCCUCCAAGCAGGGCAUCGAGGCUGUUGAUGUCCACGAUUUCAAGCUGGUCUUCGACAUUGACAUACAAACAACAUUUUCGAAGGCGGAUCGUCUUAUCUAUGGUGAAUCGGCCAUGACCCACGCCAUGGUAUUCACAGCCGUCUCUGUGGAUAAAAAUGGCGUUGCUCAGAAGUUGCGCGUGGAGAACUCCUGGGGCGAGGAUCGUGGAGAGAAGGGCUAUCUGGUCAUGUGCGCCGAUUGGUUUAGGGAGUUCGGCUUCGAGGUGGUCGUCGAUAAGAAAUAUGUGCCCGAAGAUGUGAUGCGCGUAUUCGAUAUGGACCCCAUUGUGCUGCCCGCCUGGGAUCCCAUGGGCACAUUGGCGCAAUAAGUCGCAUGGAAUGAUGAAGCUUUAGAGGGGGACAAGCAUGGAAAUAAUAAUAACCAUAAAUUUGGCACUGCAAGCAAUAUCCACACAAACCUUUAAAUUCUAUGUUCAGUUACGGCGAUAAUCUAACUUAAAACUUUAGCCAGAUUUCUAUAUAUAUAUAUUCUUAUAUAUAUAUAUAUAUUUUUUUUUAUUAUUAUCUAUAUUAUAUAUGCAUGUAUAUAGCGCAUGCGUAUAAGCUUCUCUCAGCUGAUAUUCAUUUAGUGGCUCAUAUUAGAUAAAACUUAUAUAG